AUGGGUGAGGACAGAAAUACCAGCACCUUCAACAUCUCCUACACCAACUUCUUUCUGGUGGGUUUCCCUGGAUUCGAGUGGCGGCCCCUCCUGGUUCUGCCUCUUACCUUCCUCUAUGUGACCAUCCCCUUGGCCAAUGCCCUGGUCAUCCACACAGUGGUGGCCCAGCGGAAUCUGCAUCAGCCCAUGUACAUGCUCGUUGCUCUCCUCCUGGCUGUCAACAUUUGUGCUGCCACAGCUGUGAUGCCUAAAAUGCUGGAGGGCUUCGUGCAUUAUGCUAACCCCAUAUCACUGCAUGGCUGCCUGGCCCAGAUGUUCUUUAGCUACUUCACCCUCCUUCUGGACUACAACCUCCUGCUAGCAAUGGCCCUGGACCGCUAUGUGGCCAUCUGCCACCCACUCUGCUAUACUGACCUGAUGACCUCCUGCCUGCUGGGCCUGCUGGCCAUUUUUGCCCUGACACGCAUCCUGGGAGUGAUAGUGCCCUUGGUAGUGCUAACUGCACAAGCUCAAUUCUGCCGGACAGCAGUGAUUCAACACUUCACCUGGGAGUACAUUGCACUGCUGAGCAUAGAUUGUGGAGACCUGACCUUCAACAACUGGUUAGGUCUGGCUAUGUGGUUGGUCAAUGUGACCAUUGAUCUGGCCCUACUGGGGACCUCCUACACCCACAUCCUGUGUGCUGCCUUCCAGAUCUUUUCUGGGGGAGCCCGAGCCAAGGCCUUGCACACAUGUGGCUCUCACUUAUUGGUCAUCCUUACCAUCUACCUCUCUGGUCUUUCUACUUCCAUCGUCUUCCGAGUGGCCAAGACUGUGUCUCAAGAUGUCCAGAAUCUUCUCAGUGCCAUCUACUUGCUGCCCCCAGGAACCUUGAAUCCUGUCAUUUAUGGGGUGAGGAUUAGGGAGAUCCAGCAAUGUGCAGAAGAGAUGCUCUGUGGAAAGAAAGCGCAGGAGGUUGGGGAGAAGCCAAAGAGGCUACAGACAGUGAGAGUGGAGAGGAAAUUGCCAGGGUGA